GAUCACCACACAUGACUCUUGAAAGGAUCACCAGAUGAAUCACAGCACUGAGCAGUUGCUGGUGAAGUGGAUUCGAUUUUGAGCAGUUUCAAACCAGGCUUCGUAUCUGCAGUCCGUGGGCGCCUCUAUCAGGAAUUCUCCUGCAACCCGGGGUGAAGAAUUUGAAGGCAGCGGCUGCUAUUGUUGGCACACCGGUUCCUCGCCGGAGAUGCUCGACUGGUCUUUGCACCUUCCGAUCCAGUUCAGCUUCUCGGAAGCCGGAUUCGGACACCUGGGUUUUGCAACCUGCGUGCGGCUGCUGUCCUGAAAGGUGCUCUCGUUUUCCUCCUCUGGUAAAGACGGAGAACACAGCUGGUGUCCUCGCUGCGCCUUUCCAACCACAAACCCAGCUGCGUUGCCCGUUGCGAUUCCUGGUUUGAAGGAAGGUUUCUUUUCUCCACAACAUGACGGACCGAAGCCAGCUGUCCUCCUUCUCCUCCUCCUCCUCCUCCUCCUCCUCCUCCUCCUCCACUUCCUCCUUCUCCUCCUCUUCUUCCUUCUCCUCCUCCCUUCCUUCUUCCUCCCCUACUUCUGCCUUCAAGCCCCCUCUUGACUCCGUCCGUGGCAAGCAGUCCUGUUCCCUCCUGACCGCCACCGAGGACUUCAACAUCAUUCUCUACCAUUACAACCUCACUGGACGGCUGAGCCACCGGCGUCCCGAGGAAGACCGCCUCGACGUCCUCAAGAUCAUCAUCAUUGCCGCCAGCUGCCUCAUCAUUUUGGAGAACCUGGUGGUCCUGCUGGCCAUCGUCCUGAAGGUGAGAAGCCGGCGUUGGAUCUUCACCUGCCUGGCCAGCAUCUCCUCCAGCGACCUCCUGGCCGGCAUCGCUUACUUGAUCAACCUCUGCUUGUCGGGCCGGAAGACCUUCCAGCUGUAUCCCUACAUGUGGUUUCUCCGCGAAGGGAUCCUUUUCAUCGCCUUGGCGGCCUCUACCUUCAGCCUGCUGGUGACGGCCAUCGAGCGCUUCAGUGUGAUGGUGAGGCCCAUCGCGGAAAGCGAGUCCGUCAAGACCAACCGCCUCCGGAACUGCAUCUUCUUCUCCUGGUUCCUGGCCUUCGUGAUUGGCCUGCUUCCGUUGCUCGGCUGGAACUGCAUUUGUGAUGUGCCGCACUGCUCCACCUUGCUGCCGCUUUACGCCAAGAAUUACAUCCUUUUUAUCGUCGUCCUGUUCAGCAUCAUCCUGGUGGGCGUGGUGAGCCUCUAUUGCUCCAUCUACUGCUGGGUCGGCCGAAGGGUCAAACUGGGCUUCUCCAGCGGCGGCCCAAAGAGGUCCCUGCGGCUGCUGAAGACAGUGCUCAUCAUCCUCUUAACCUUCCUGGUCUGCUGGAUCCCUCUCUUCCUGCUGCUGCUGAUCGACAUCUUCAACGGGAGCAAAGCGCUGAGGCUUCAGAAGAUGUUUGGCUGGUUCGUGACCUUGGCCGUCCUCAACUCCUUCAUCAACCCCAUCAUCUACUCUUUGAAAAGCAAAGAGGUGAGGAGGGCUGUGGGGGAGCUCCUCUGCUGCUGCUGCAUCUCGGCCGGGUGGCAAGGCCCCCGCGGCUGCCUUGCCCCCAGCGACCACCUCCGCAGCUCGUCCACGGAGGUGGGGAGUUCCUUGAAGGUGCGCGAGAGCUUCCGCAGCCCGCCGAUUGAGAAACGGACUGCCAGGAAAGAGCCUCUCUCCAGCAACUCCAGCGUAUUGAGUGCAUUGGUGGUCAGUGAUGGCCGUGGCCAACCUUACCAGCAAGGUUAGAAAAUGGGUCUUCUGCAACGUACAGAGACCUUUGAAUGGCUGGUGCCCGAUGGGGGACUUGCUCGGUCCAUUGCCCUCUCGAUGACCGGUGGUCAGCCACGGCCUGAAAUGCAAAGGUCGUCCUGUUCCAAGCAGGUCUUCCUUGGGCAACCUCAAUUGCACACGUUCUGAAGAGGUUCCUUGUUCUCAACUUUCCUGGCUGAUGUCAUGCCUUCCUUCCCUUUCAUCCUGCUCUUCGGUCUUGACUUUUGACGAAACCCUUCCUUUUCACCGGCCGAUUUCUUGCAGGACUCGGUGCCUCUGUAGGAAUGGAACUGAAUCUCAAAAGCUGGACCGGCAUAUUUUAUGACUAAGGUACAGGUUCCCCUCGCACAUAUAUAUGCUAGUCUUUCAUGACUCUGGAAAACAGUGCUCAUCUCCAUUGCAAAGCCGAA